AUACCUGCUCUGUGCUUCCCUCCAGGAGGGGCAGGUGAGGAGCUGCAGGUGAUUCAGCCUCAGAAGUCAGUGUCCGUCGCAGCCGGAGAGACAGCCACUCUGAGCUGCACCGUGACCUCCCUGUCACCCGUGGGGCCCAUCUUUUGGUUCAGAGGGACAGGGCCAGGCCGGGAGUUAAUCUACAGUCCUAAAGGAGGCCCCUCCCCCCGGGUAACAUGGGUUGCAGAUGCCACGAGGAGAGACAACAUGGACUUUUCCAUCCGCAUCAGUAACCUCACCCCAGCAGACACAGGGACCUACUACUGUGUGAAGUUCCGGAGAGGAGGUGGUGAUGACACGGAGUUCAAGUCUGGAACAGGCACUCAGCUCACCGUGAAUGACCAGGGAAACUGUGGGAAAGCCCCCCCCUGCCAGUCCCACGGCUUCUCCCCCAGAGACAUCACCCUGAAAUGGUUCAAGGAUGGGAAUGAGCUCCCAGCCUCCCAGACCACCGUGCACCCAGAGGGAGACAGCCCUUCCUACAACGUCUCCAGCACAGCCAGGGUGCUGCUGGCCCCGGGGGAUGUCCGCUCCCAGGUCAUCUGCCAGGUGGCCCACGACACCCUAAAGGGGGACCCUCCUCUUCGUGGGACUGCCAACGUGUCUGAGGCCAUCCGAGUUCCGCCCACCUUGCAGGCCACCCAGCACCGCAUGGCAGGGAACCAGGAGAACAUCAUCACCUGCCUGGUGAAGAACUUCUACCCCCGGCGCCUACAGCUGACCUGGCUGGAGAACGGAAAAAUGUCCCGAACAGAAAUGGCCUUGACCCUCAUAGAGAACCAGGAUGGGACCUUCAGCUGGAGGAGCUGGCUCCUCGUGAAUCUGUCUGCCCACAGGGAGGAUGUGAUGCUCACCUGCCAGGUGGAGCACGAUGGGCAGCCAGCACUCACCACAAACCUCACCCUGAUGACCUCUGCUCACCAGAAGGACAAGGACAAAGGUCCAGGGACGUCUGCCGUUAUUUUUGUGGCUUUUCUCCUGGGCUUCAAGGUGCUGCUGAUGAUGAGUUUCACAGUCACCUACAUCCACAGGUGGCGGGACCUGUAGCAGCUCUUCCCUGUCACGGGAUAUAUUGCCUUCUGCCCUCUCUGAGAGGCUUAAAUAGGAAGAAGAAGCUGCACAAACCUGCAGAUUGUCCAAGGCCCCUGCCCUUCACUCUGUCAAACCCACCUCCAUCACCAACAUGCUCCUUCCCACACCCUCCUGAUGUUGCUUCUCUGUGGUAAUAAAGCUGCAUCAAGGAUGGCCUUCGGUCACGGAGACUCAAGGAUGUCCGGACCUGAUGCAUUGAGCUUCACACUGGCCCUGCCUCCACCCAAACCAGAACCGGGAACAUGAAGAGAACAGAUUUCACCUCCCCUGACCAUAAACAACUUUUAAUAUUCGGAGAUUUCACUUUUACCCAGAGCUUCUGCCAGUAUAAUUUUAUUUUAACACAUAGAUACUUGAAAUCACUAAGUUGAAUAAACAUUUUACUAUUUUGAA